UAUUUCACGACGACGCAUGCUUUAAUCGCAUUAACAGCGCUGGUAUAGGUCUGUCGAGCACUCUCAGCACAACAGUCGUUGAACCCUCCCACCGAGUUUUUCGCUCGGAAGUCGCCCGGUGUCACAAGUGGCAUCGCAGCUACCGCACGGUGCUGCUUUCCUGCAAAGUUGCAACGCCAGCGCGCGUGUUGGCAGUCAGGUCGUCGACCAUGCAGCAACGCCUUCUGAAGCCUCAUACGGCCGGUCGCCCUAGCGGCGCUGUGCCUAUCGCUCAUGGUCUUGUCUCAGGGCCUCGCGUGCAGCCGGCUGCGCCCUCCGCUCGCCCAGCGUCUGGUAAUGUGACCUCACAUCCAGUGGGCGCGCGCGGGCCCGCCUGCGACCAGGCCAGCAGUGCUGGCAAGCGUUUCGAUAGCCUAGCAGCCUACGGGCUAGCUCGGGACGUGCUUACGAAGCAGGCCUCGAACAUUGAGGGCAACCCCAUUGAGUUCCUUGACGUGACGGAAAAGUUCUGGAGAGCGCUUCGUAACCAGAAGCAUGAGCCCGAGAAGAAGGGCCCCAAGGUGGUCACAUACGCGGACGAGCUCCUCUUCCCAGACUCCGCCUCCUCCUCCUCCGCCUCCACCUCCUCCUCCCCCCACCCCCACGACUACGACGUGGUCAUCUGCGGCGGCACGUUGGGGCUGUUCCUGGCCACCGCGCUGCAGCUGCAGGGCUGGCGCGUGGCCAUUGUGGAGAAGCGCCUGGUGCAGGGCCGCAACCAGGAGUGGAACAUCAGCUGGGGCGAGCUGGAGGUGCUGGUGGAGCUGGGGCUGUUGAGUGAGGAGGAGCUGAAGGGCUGCGUCAUCAGCGAGUUCAACCCCAUCCGCGUGGGGUUCAAGGGCGGGGAGGACAUUUGGACUCAGGAUGUGCUGAACCUGGGUGUGCACCCGCGCACGCUGCUGGACUCGCUCAAGCGGCGCUUCCACGCCGCCGGUGGCAUCAUCUUUGAGAACACGGCCUUCAAGCACGCCGACGUGCACCCGGACGGCAUCAAGCUGAGCCUGGCGCCCGGCGGUGCCGCCGCGCCCGUGGCGGUUGGCGACACCAACCGCCCCAACGGCCUAACCACCGGCGGCGCCGCGCCCGCCCCUUCGGGCCCCGUGGCCCCUCGCUCCAUGACCACACGCCUGCUGCUGGACUGCAUGGGUCACUACAGUGACAUCGUCAAGCAGAUCCGCGGCCGUGUGAAGCCUGACGGCAUGGUGCUGGUGGUGGGCGGCUGCGCGGAGGGCUUCCCGGCGGAGGCCAACAUCAGCGCCGACCUGCUGUACAGCCUGAGCCACGCCCGCGACGACGUGCAGCUGUUCUGGGAGGCGUUCCCCGCGGAGGGCGGCCAGGCGCGGACCACCUACAUGUUCGCGUACAGUGACGCGCACCCGGACCGGCCCUCCUUCGAGGCGCUGCUAGACACGUACUUCCAGAUGCUGCCCGAGUACCAGGGCAUCCCGCUGGACCAGCUCAAGUUCAAGCGUGUGCUGUUCGGCGGCUUCCCCUGCUACAGCAACGGCCCGCUGGCGCCCGCCUUUGACCGCGUGAUGCAGAUCGGCGACGCCAGCGCGGCCCAGUCGCCUCUGUCGUUCGGCGGCUUUGGCUCCAUGAUGCGACACCUGCCGCGCCUGGCGCGCGGUCUGGACCAGGCGCUGCAGGAGGACCGCCUGGCGCGACCCGACCUCAACUGGCUGCACCCCUACCAGCCGUCCCUGUCUGCCUCGUGGCUGUUCCAGCGCUCCAUGUCGUUGGCGGUUGGGCAGGUGGCCUACCCGCCCGACUGCCCGCACGCGCCCGCCUACUACGCCGCCGCCAAGGAGGCCAAGGCCGCCGCAGCCGCCGCGGCCGUGGACCGCGCCGAGGGCUUUGACGGCCUGGUCUCCACCGCCGGCGAGCGCGCGCUGUCGCUUCAGGAGGCGGCGAUGGAGGCGGUGGAGGCGGUGGCGGCCCGCUUCGCCGCCGGCAGUGCCGACCCCGCCGACUACUUCCAUGUGGAGCAGGAGGUGCCGGGAGCGGGCAGCGACCGCCGCACGCCGCAGCUGGCCAGCGGCAAGGCGCAGCCCGCGCCGCCCAAGCUGAAGAAGAAGCUGUUUGAGCGCGACUUCCGUACGGCGCCGGAGUGGCAGCGCCUGCCGUACACGCACGUGAACGAGAUCCUGGGGACCAACUUCGGCGUGAUGGGGGUGCUGGGCGACCGCGUGCUCAAACCCUUCCUGCAGGACACGAUCCAGCUGGUGCCGCUGUCGCUGUCCAUGACCGGCAUGAUGCUGUCCAACCCCGUCACCGUCAGCCGCGUGCUCAUGCAGGUCGGCCCCAAGACGCUGGUGUCCUGGUUCGCGCACUACUUUGCGCUGGUGGCCUACAGCCUGGGGCACGUGCUGCUCAGCCCUCUGCGCGGCGUGGUGCCCUCCUACUCCUUCCAGCGCAUGCUGGACGCCCUAGAGUACGGCAGCGGCUCUGACUACCGCUACCACGCCCCCGCCGGCCCGGCGGCGGGCGCCGCCGUCUCGGCGGGCCGCGGCGCGCCCGUGGCGGCGGCGCUGAGCGCCGCUGCACGGUCCAUUGACGGCGGCGCGGCAACGGAGAGCAUGGAUGGCGGCGAUGGUGGGGAUGCGGCGGGCGAGGCCGGCGCGGCCGGGAAGAGCGAGGGCGGGUCGGUGAAGGGGCGCAAGGCGCCCAAGCAGCAGCAGCCGGCGGCGGAGCCGAUGCCCAUUCCGGUGCCGGUGGCGGCGGCGACGGCCGCGGCGGCGGCUAUGGCGGCGGCGACCAUGGUGGUUGGCCUCCCAGGCAUCGGCCCCGUCACCCUCGGGUGAAAGGAGGGGUGUGGAGGGGCGCGGUGUGGUGUGGUGGCGGGUCUGCGAAGAUGAAACCGCACGAAUGCGUUGCCCCUUGUUCCCGUCUCAGGUCGCUGGAGGUGAAAGUUCGGUGGGCCCGCGACUUUCCUUCCCGCUUUGCAUUUGACUGGUAUGUAAUUAUGGUUGAUGGUGCGAGAGUUGCAACGAUUUGAUUUGGUUUGCUUCACCGCAAACGUGCGGUUGUUGGAUUUGAGAAAGAGUUGCAAGGUUUUUAGUUCGGCUAGUAGUAUCGGUGUUGCAAGAUCUCCAUUGAUGAAACAACAGGCGUGGCGGAGUGUGUGGUCGGUAAGUGUUGGCUGGUUGCGCGUUUUGGUUGUGAGUGUACGUGGGUGAGAAGAGUAAGUUAUAAGAAGGCGAGUUAGCGUGGCAGUCAGCACGGCGGCGGCAGCAGCAGCAACCGUGACACACAUACCAGACGCAAAGCUGGUUUACUGCUGCUGCGCCUCCCGUUCGUUGCUGGUGUGUGCGUGAUAGUUGCAGUGUGCGCAUGGAGUAAAACGCCAUGCCGCAUGAUGGGGGCCUGCGUGCGAAAGGGUUACUUUCGCAGGUGCGGUGCACCUGAGCUGGUCGGCCGAGGGUUAUAGCAGCAUGGCAGGAGGCGUGACGCAAGUGGAGGUGAGAAUUCGUCAUGGGCGUGAGUGGUGAGCAACGCGCAGGCAUGUGCAGAGGAGCUCGGGGCCAGGGUGAGGCCCGCACGAACGGUCCCCAACAACGAGCUAAGAGUGCUGCAUGCCAUGCUUGCGUGUUGGAGUUGUUCAGACGUGGUGACCUGGGGGCGGUGGGGGGGGGCGCGCAGUUUGAACUCGAUACAUCCAAUAUACUCGCUGUCAGCAUUUGGCGGCAGGUUGCCGCAGCUGAGGAUGUUGAGUUGCGGGGCCCUUUGCAUUGGAGGGGCUGAGGGAAGCGAGAGAGUUGGGCACGACGUAAAAUAACACACUUUAGGGACUGCAUAUACAACACAACACAGACUUUGAUUGCAUUAGUUGGUAAGUGGUGGUGCUCAGUACGGUAACAAGGUUCUUCGAGGCACGGGCUGCAGGCAACCUGUAUGCGUGUGGUGGUUUAUAUUUGCGGAGUGCACAACUCGGAGGAAGUGACUGGGUGAAGAAUACACAUGCAUACGCCCUAACCGGCGCAGGUACAUGCAUGCAGAAAGCCCUCUUCCUUUCCAAGUUGAUGAGUAGAGUUGCACGAGGGAGAUGGAGAGAGAGAGGGAUUAAGCAGCAGGCACAUCACUGAGGAAGGAGUAGAUGCUAAAAGCAUCGAUCGCGCCAUGCAUGCGCCAUGCAUCGGCGGUGUGUAAUUUACAGUUCUA